UGUCACCGCGGUGCAUUGUGGUCUCCUACAGUGCUCUUGCAUGUCCUCUUGUUGUUUGCUAGUUUGCUAACUUGGACAACUUGUUUUUUGGAUUACAAUCACAAUGUGUUGGUUGAGGAAAGUACGUAGUUAGCGGCAGGUAACUGACAUGUGUUACAUGUAAUUGUGGCUACUGUCAAGAAUUACAUAGAGAAUUAUCUAAGAACACAUUAAACUAAUACUAGUGACGUUAGCUGAGAUAACUAGCACAACUUACAUACUUACUGCAGCUCUCUUACAAACAAUAUGAGGAAAGUAUGACAUUAAAGUUGCCUACGUUAGCCAAUAUUUGCGCAUAAUUAAACUAUAGCAUAUUACUUAUUGUCAUUUUUCUUCAUGCGGAUAUGGACUGUCUUGUCUAAAAAACUGACAUUCAACUUGAAGAACCACUAUCAAUAUGACCUAGGAACACACUUACCUUGUUCCUUUGCUUAUGUAGGCUAAAGCUUGCCUUCCUUUUCUCCACCACCCUUCACUGUGGUUAUAUGUCUUAAUAUCUCCUUGCUGCUGUAGUGGCUGUGUGUGGAUGAAACUACACAGGCUGCUUCUGGCUGGCUGUAUGAACUGCACUAGGAUGUAUCUGCCAUUUGGUAGGAGCUUUUAUCCAAAUCGCCAUUUGAGCUCUGUUAGUUUUUUGUCUUCAAGAAUCGGUGGGACUCGAACCCCUGUCCUUUGGAGUGCUCGUGCAUUACUCUACCCACUGAAGUACACUGUGCCUCUUGGAAAUACAAAACUGGGACUGUUCAUCCGGACUUACAGUGGUGUUGGUCCAAAUGCCAUCUGCAGUCAAACACAGUGGGUGUCAACAUGUCAACUCAGAAGAUCUCAGUCUGCUGCGGUCAGGAAAGAGAAGCUGCUACAAGAAGGAGGUGCUGCAUGGCCUGUGUCCUUUAUCCGCCACGGAGGGACAGACGUUUCCAGUGUGCCUCCAGCUUUUGUAGUGAUGAAGUUUGACCAAGAGGGAAAUGUGACAUCGUUUGAUAAGAAGAAAACCGAGCUUUGCCAGGAGCUCAGUCUCCAGGCCAGAGACCUUCGCUUUCAGCACAGUACCAGCCUCACAACCAGGAACAACUGCAUCAUCAUACGGAUGCAGUUGGACAAGGCAUUACAUCAGCGUAAGGAAGAACUGGACUCUUGGAUCACACACUCCUGAUGUCCUCUCUUACAGUCCUCGAGGACAUUCCUUAGCCCGCACCACCGUGGCCUCUCCUACAGAGGGCGUCCUGGAGAAGGUGUAGUAGAGGACGCAAUCAUCACUGCUCCUCAUCUUACAGAAAGCAAUAGAUUCUCCUGGUUGAGGCAUAUCAUCUUGUGUCUCCACAAGUGUCACAGUGAGGUAGCCACACUCUUGAUCACACCUGUAAUGAGUGAGAGAAAGCAGUCGAGAGGUAUUAUAUCGCAGUGAAGUGAAACUAGUGUGUAGUGUAGUGGCAUUUUGAUGGAGAUACCCAUGGUCUAAUGAGACAGCCAAUGUUAACA